AUGGCUCGGUUUACGUUUCCUGCUGACAACCUGCUGUGCAGGUGUCUCGGCAUCUCCAUCACCGUGUGGCUGACUCUUCUGUUUGUCUUCAUAAUCGUGCCAGCUGUACUUGGAGUGUCUUUUGGUAUCCGCAGCUUCUACAUGAGGACACUUCUCAAGAUAUUUGAGUGGGCAACCUUACGAAUGGAGUUGGGAGCAAAAGAAAAGAAUCAGCAACUUUAUAAACCAUAUACCCACGGUAUCAUAGCCAAGGAGCCUCCAUCUUCUUUGCAGCAGGAGAUCCAGGAGCUCCGGGGUUCUGCCAGCAGUCUGCCCUCGGAGCCAGAGUUUGAGAUGGCUGACAUCUUCUACUUCUGCCGGAGGGGGGUCGAGAGCAUUGUGGACGAUGAGGUGACCAAGCGCUUUUCAGCCCAGGAACUGGAGAGCUGGAACUUGCUGACUCGGAGCAACUACAACUUCCGUCACAUUAGUCUGAGACUUACCGUCCUGUGGGGGCUGGGGAUCCUCAUCCGCUACGGCGUCCUGCUGCCCCUCAGGGUUACUCUCGCAGUCACCGGCAUUUGUCUGCUGCUUGUCCUGACCACCUUGGUGGCGUUUUUACCAAAUGCAGAGUUAAGAUCUUACCUGAGUGAGAAGGUUCAUCUGAUGUGUUACCGCAUCUGCGUGAGAGCUCUCACUGCAAUCAUCACCUAUCAUAACAGCGAGAACAAACCGAAGAACGGCGGUAUCUGUGUGGCGAAUCACACGACACCCAUUGAUGUCAUAAUCUUGGCCAAUGACGGCUGCUACGCUCUGGUUGGCCAGGUGCACGGAGGGUUGAUGGGAAUGGUGCAAAGAGCCAUGGUCAAGUCAUCCUCGCACAUCUGGUUCGAAAGAUCAGAAGUGAAAGACCGACAUCUAGUGGCCAAAAGGCUUGGAGAUCAUGUUGCUGAUAAAACCAAACAGCCCAUCCUCAUCUUCCCCGAGGGUACCUGCAUUAACAACACGUCAGUGAUGAUGUUUAAGAAAGGCAGCUUUGAAAUCGACUGCACCGUCUAUCCUGUUGCCAUUAAGUAUGAUCCUCGUUUUGGAGAUGCUUUCUGGAACAGCAGUAAGUUUGGCAUGGUGAGUUACCUUCUGAGGAUGAUGAGCAGCUGGGCCAUCGUCUGCAGCGUCUGGUAUCUGCCACCUAUGAACAGAGAGGAAGGGGAGGAUGCAGUACAGUUUGCCAACAGAGUAAAAGCAGCCAUAGCUGCUCAAGGAGGGUUAGUGGACCUCAUUUGGGACGGAGGACUGAAACGAGCAAAGGUGAAAGACGUGUUCAAAGAGGAGCAGCAGAAACUUUACAGCAAAGUUCUCGUGGGCGACCACGACUCUGAGGACCGAGUGGAGGACAAACGUUUAGAGGAUGGAAAUCCAGACGGGGAUAAGAGCAGCAAAGAUUCACCAGAAGGACAAUGAGGACACAGUGAAUGUACGUCUGUUAUUAUUGCAGACUUUUAUACUGAACAGUGAAUGUGAAUUACCUCGAACAGGAGUUUGUAUAUUCGUUGCUGUCAUUUUUAUCAAGCUGAGGACCAAAGAAAUGUAGUUUAUGUUUUGAUAUCUGAGUUUUUAAUCUGUUUUAAAUGCUCUGUAAUUUGGUUUUCUGUUGUAAAAUUAGGAGAAAAGUUUAAACAGUGAGGGGUAAUGUGUUUUUAUGUGAAAAUCUGAGUUCUUCUGCUUCAUUUUUACUGCCAUGUGAGCUUGUUGUGUGUCUAAUUGAAUUCUUCUCCUCCUAAAAUAUAGACUGUUUAUAAACAUUUUAAAACGAAA